AAGGUUAUGUAGUGUUUAUCUGUCACAUUUGUAAUAUUUUUAUAAGAAUUAUAAUAUAAUUUAUCUUAGGAUGAAUGGCAUUUGCAGAGUAUGUUUAAAAACAAUUCAUGAAAAGGACUCCAUAAGCAUAUUGACAAAAAUAUAUGAUAAAACUGUUAUUCAAGUAAUUGUUACUUUAUCAUCAAUAGAGGUGGAACCUGAUGCGGCAUUUCCAAAAUAUAUAUGUUUAAGUUGUAAUAAACAAUUAAUUCAAGCCAUAGAAUUAAGAGGAACAAUUCAAACAUCAGACAAAUAUUUAAAGGAGAGUUUGUUUGAAAAUAUGCAUAAUAGGAAAGAAAUUAAUAAUUCUGAUAAUGACAGUGCAGGUGAUAUUGAGUGGGGAAAUCUUGUUGAAGUAAAAUAUGAAAAUAGUGAAGGAGAAAAUGAUGUAGCAAGUAACACAUCAAGUACAGAAUAUGAAAAAAUAUUUAAAACAGAAGUUAAACACACUCCUAAAAAUAAAAAAGAACAAAGUAGUUUAAACGAAAAAUCAUUCAAAUGCAAAGAAUGCAACAGAAAGUUUAAACAAAAACGUCAAUACCUAACUCAUAUGAGCAGUCAUACUGGUAUUAAACCACAUAAUUGUACAAUUUGUAGUAAAGGGUUUUCCUACAAGUGGGCAUUGAAUCUGCAUUUUAGAACACAUACAGGUGAAAAACCAUACCAAUGUAACAUUUGCAAAAAAUUUUACAGGAGUCCAGGUGCUCUAAAUAUUCACAAACGAAUACACAACAAUGAUAAACGAUUUCCCUGCAAAUUUUGUGACAGAAAAUUUCUUCAAUCAUGCCAACUUGAUUCUCAUAUACGUACCCACACAAAAGAAAAACCUUUUUUGUGUGACAUAUGCUGCAAAACAUUUGCAGAUGCAAGCAGUUUAAGACGUCAUAAUUUUAAACACAAUCCUAAACCUCCCGAACCAUGUCCAAUAUGUGGAAAACUGUGUUCCAUUAUUAAUUUACAGAACCAUAUUAAAAGGCAUUCUGAUGAACCAAAGUUUGAGUGUGACAAAUGCGAUAAAAAGUUUAAAUGCAAAAAUGUACUUAAAAGACAUAAAUGGGUGCAUGAUGGAAUAAAGCCAUAUAAAUGUGCAGUUUGUGAGAAAGCAUUUUCACAAAAUGGAAUCUUAGUAAGGCAUUUAAGAGUUCAUUCUGGGGAAACACCUUUUCCAUGUGAUUUAUGUGAAAAAAGAUUUACACUCAAACAUCAUUUGCAAGCUCACGUUAAAAGAUAUCAUCCAGAUUUCAAUGAUCCAGAAAAAAAUGAAGCUUUAUUAUAAUUAUUACAGAAAUGAUUUUAACUAGAACACAUUUGUUUAUAUUUACUUUGUUAUAAUUAUGUUAUUGUUAUAUUAAAUAUUUAAAAGGGUAAAAAGUUAAUAAAAG